CUCCUGCCAGGGCAGCCUGACCUGGGAGCCCACCACCCCCCCAGCAGGACCACGGCUGCUGGGACCAUGCUGUCAGCCACCAUGGUGGGCACUCUGGUUAGAGGGUGGAGGAACCGAAGCUCCCCUCGAAGAGCUGAGUCAAAGCUUCCUGUCCCACAGAGACAAGGUGGAAUCCGGAUUCAGGAUGGGCAGCGGUUUCGUCUUGAAGUGCCAUCAGCUGUAACCGAGGUUCCUGAUCCCAAAACGUCAGCUCAAAGUUCCAGAUCCUCAGAACCCAAGACCAUGGAGCUCUCGGACAGUGACCGACCUGUCAGCUUUGGCUCCACCUCAUCCUCUGCCUCUUCCCGGGACAGCCAUGGUUCCUUCGGGAGCAGAAUGACCUUGGUUUCAAAUAGCCACCUGGGCUUGUUUCACCAGGACAAGGAAGCAGGAGCCAUAAAACUGGAGCUGGUUCCAGCCCGGCCGUUUUCCAGCAGCGAGCUGCAGAGGGACAGCCCUGCAGGGCUGCAGAACAUGGACCACAGCAGUGAGAUGCAGCCCAGGGCCCCAUGGAGCACGAAUGCAAAUGGGGCGCCCAACACAACUGCAGUCUCGACUACUAGUCCCAAGCUUCUCUAUGUGGAUAGAGUUGUGCAGGAAAUUCUGGAGACUGAAAGGACUUAUGUACAAGAUUUAAAAAGCAUCGUGGAGGAUUACCUAGACUGUAUCAGGGAUCAAACAAAACUUCCCCUGGAGACUGAAGAUAGAUCUGCCCUUUUUGGAAACAUACAAGAUAUCUACCACUUCAAUAGUGAAUUGCUACAAGAUUUGGAAAACUGUGAAAAUGAUCCAGUGGCCAUAGCAGAAUGUUUUGUGUCCAAGAGUGAAGAGUUCCACAUUUACACGCAGUAUUGCACUAACUACCCGAGGUCAGUGGCUGUGCUAACAGAGUGCAUGAGGAACAAGGUGCUGGCCAAGUUCUUCCGGGAACGGCAGGAAACACUAAAACACUCGCUGCCUCUGGGAUCCUACCUCCUGAAGCCUGUUCAACGGAUCCUCAAGUAUCAUCUCCUCUUGCACGAAAUAGAAAAUCACCUUGACAAGGACACAGAUGGCUAUGAUGUCGUGCUCGAUGCUAUAGACACAAUGCAGCGUGUGGCCUGGCACAUCAAUGACAUGAAGCGGAAGCAUGAGCAUGCAGUGCGGCUGCAGGAGAUACAGAGCUUGCUCACUAACUGGAAGGGGCCAGACCUGACCAGCUACGGGGAACUGGUGCUGGAAGGGACCUUCCGCCUCCAGCGGGCCAAGAAUGAGCGCACACUCUUCCUCCUGGACAAGCUGCUCCUCAUCACGAAGAAGAGGGAUGACAUGUUCACGUACAAAGCUCACAUCCUGUGUGGCAACCUCAUGCUCGUGGAGGUGAUACCCAAGGAGCCGCUCAGCUUCAGUGUUUUCCACUACAAGAACCCGAAGGUGCAGCACACAGUUCAGGCUAAAUCCCAGCAGGACAAGCGCCUCUGGGUUCUGCACCUGAAGAGGCUGAUCCUGGAGAACCACUCAGCCAAGAUUCCAGCCAAGGCCAAGCAAGCAAUACUUGAAAUGGAUGCCAUUCACCAUCCAGGAUUCUGUUACAGCCCCGAGGGAGAGACCAAAGUGCUCUGCAGCUCGAAAGAAGGUUCUGCGCCAUAUCGGCUGAGAAGGAAGUCUGAACCUUCCUCAAGAUCACAUAAAGUUUUGAAGACGGGUGAAACAGCACAAGACAUCCAAAAGGUUUCUAGAGAGGAAGGUUCUGCCCAGCUGACUUCCACAGGGCCUUCUCCUGCCCAGAGGAACAGUCAGCUCAGCAGUGCUGCCAUCCUCAACGCGCUUCACGGGGGUGGCGCCAUCAGAAACAUCUGGACAGAUCACCAGAUUAGGCAGGCCUUGUUCCCCAACCGCCGGACCCCAAAGGAGACCGAUGAUGAUGAAGAUGACUACCAGAUGUUUGUGCCAUCCUUUUCCUCCUCAGAUUUGAAUUCAGUCAGGCUGUGUGAAGAGAGCAGCACUUCGAGUCGCCCUUGCAGCUGGCAUAUGGGACAGAUUGAGUCCACAGAGACCUCAGGCACUGGCCACAGGAUUGUCCGACGGGCCAGCAGUGCUGGUGAGAGCAACACAUGCCCUCCUGAAAUAAGAAUUAGGGACAGCAACGGCUCUCAGUACAGCCCCCGGAGGGAACUGCAGAAUGGUCUUCACACUGAGGGGCAGGAUGGGGUGACUCCUUUUGGGUCAGCUAUAGAGUUGACAAUUGAUGAUAUAGACCAUGUCUAUGAUAACAUAAGUUAUGAGGACUUAAAGCUAAUGGUCGCUAAACGAGAAGAAGCUCAAUCUACUCCCCUCAAAUCAGUCAGGGAUUCGGCUCGCCCCAAGAGCACCCCAGAGCUUGCCUUUUCAAAGAGUCAAGCUGGCCACAGCACAAGCUCUCUACACCAAAGGAGAGAUGGAGUGCUCAGCAGCCAGGAGGCAUCUAACCCAAGCGCGCAGGAGCUCCAGGUGGAGGAGGAGAACGUCUAUGACACCAUACAGCUCCCAGACCCAUCACUGGAUUUCAAGUGCAGCAGCCUAAAGCAGCCCAAAAGGAGCACCUUCCUGGGUCUGGAAGCCGACUUUGCAUGCUGUGACAGCCUGAAGCCGUUUGUGUCCCAGGAUAGCCUCCAGCUGAGCGAGGAUGACGGGCCUUACCAUCAGGGGCCUCCGGACAGUGACUAUUUGAACUUGCUGUAUAACUCUUCCAGCUGUAACCUGUCCGUAGCCAAUAAGACUCUGUCUGAUAAACUGUCUGAGGAGGUUGAUGAAAUCUGGAAUGACCUAGAAAAUUACAUCAAGAAAAACGAGGACAAAGCUAGAGACCGUCUCCUGGCAGCAUUUCCUGUGAGCAAAGAUGACGUGCCCGGCAGGCUGCAUGCUGAGAGUGCCCCUGAGCUGAGCCGGGACUCGGGGCACACCACAUCCACACUCUCCCUUCCCGAGAGCCAGGCAUUCCUCACACCGGUGAAGACCAGGGUUGUCAGGCCUGGCCAGACCACCUGCCCAGCGGAGGAAGACCUGAUUUCCACAGAAGGCUCCUUUCUGAGCUUCAGCCGGCUCUCCGCAGCCAGCGAGAUGCCUCCUGUCGACAGUCCCUAUGAUCUGGUCAGCAGCAGUCUGCCCCCCACAGACCCAGAGAACACUGACCCUGGUAUGGAUGGCACCGAUAAGACCAAAAGCCGUGUCUUCAUGAUGGCGAGGCAGUACAGUCAGAAGAUCAAGAAGGCAAAUCAACUUUUGAAAGUGAGGAGUCCAGAGUUGGAGCAGCAGCCAGCCAGUCAGCAUCAUAAGUCCACGCCCAAGGACCUGGCCGCCAUCCUAGAAGAGAAGAGGCAAGGAGGCCCGGCCAUUGGUGCCAGGAUUGCUGAGUAUUCCCAGCUGUAUGACCAGAUUGUGUUCAGGGAGAUGCCCCCUAAAAUUCAGAAGAAUGGCUGGGCCAGUGUACAGGAACCCUCCCUCCUCAGGGCUGUGCCUCCUUCCCAGGCCCACCAUGGCAGUGAGGAGUGGCUUUGGCAUUCAACCUACAGUAACGGAGAGUUAGCAGAUUUCUGCCCCCGGCCACAGCAAGACUUAAAAUCAAAAUAUCCCACUUUAGAAACGAGUACAAAAAGUCCUCCUAGACACCUGUCUGCAGCUUGCUCCGUGCCUUCUCUGCAAGUGUGUGACCCUCUGCUGGGUUCCAAGCAGAGGUGCAGUGUGGUAGUGAGUCAGCCCCACAAAGAGAACUCCGGUCAGGGCCACCUUUACAACUCGCUGGGUCGCAAAGGUGUGAGUGCUAAAGCUCAGCCCUACAACAGGUCCCAGUCAUCGUCUUCCAUCUUGAUCAACAAAUCCCUGGACUCCAUCACCUACCCUAGUAAGAUGGGCAAGCUGCAGCUGUUGCCUCUACAUCAGGGCUCCAGGAGCGGGAGCCACCAGGAUUUGCUGCCAGAUGUUGCUGACUCGAGUCAUCAGGGCCCUGAAAAGCGCUCUGACCUCACGCUCCAAGACUCACAGAAAGUUCUGGUAGUAAAUCGAAAUUUACCCUUAAAUGCCCAAAUAGCAACACAGAACUAUUUUUCCAAUUUCAAAGAGACUGAAGGAGAUGAAGAUGACUAUGUGGAAAUCAAGUCAGAGGAAGAUGAGUCGGAGUUGGAGCUGUCUCAGAGUCACAGAAAUAAAUCUGAUUCCAAGACCAUGGAUGCUGACUUUUCUGAUGACGCCUGCAGCAGCCACACAUCUUACUCUCUGAAUACUCCGUGCACUCCAAAAGAGCCAAGAAACAACAAACUUGGGCUUUCGCCAUAUCUGACCACAUAUAAUGACUCUGACAAACUGAAUGACUAUCUCUGGCGGGGGCCAUCACCCAGUCAACAAAAUAUUGUCCAGUCUCUGAGGGAAAAAUUUCAGUGUCUCAGUUCAAGCAGUUUUGCCUAAAGUUCUUCGCAGUAGCUGCCUGAAUUAACUACUUCUUGUGCUUAUAAAUUAUAGAUGCUGUACUGAGGAGGUGUUUUAUUUGUUUUUUGGUUCUGGGGAUUGAACUCGGGUCCUUGUGCUUGCGGGGCAGGUGGCAGAACCACUGAGCUAAAUCCCCAGCCCAGGAGAUGUUUUAUUUGUACCAGGUUAAAACAGUUUUGUGAUGACAGGAGGUGUGAAAUAUACUUUCUUUUAAAGCACAACUUUUUGAACCAGCUGGUCAUACAGCCAGGAUCGUAGCAAAUACAGCAUCUAACAGCAUCUUUUUGAUGUCAGUUGUCUUCGUGUUUCACUUAAGUUGAUCUUACUUGAAAUUUUUUAGGCUUUUUUUAACGUGUUGACCAUGAUAUUUUUUUCCAUAUCUUGACAAUAGUGCCCAUACUUGAAGAAAUACAAUAAUCCUCUCAUAUUAUCCAGAAGCCCCAAGUAGCUUUAUCCUACAACUCAGAGACAGCAAGGAGACCCUCUACACAUGUUUUAAAAGGAGAGAAAACUAAAGCUGUUUAAUGAAUUGUGCUUAUAUCUGACAUUUCUGUUAAUUUGUGGCAAGGCCCUGGGAUAAUUUAUGCCAGAGAUCUCUAAUUAGGAUGUAGUCUGGGUGCCUGUUUUAGGAUUUCUCUGCUGAUAUUCCUAUAUCAUUUCAUUUCGAUGUAGAAAUUGUGUGACUAUGGAAAAUUAAAAUGUAGCAGGACCAAUUUGCUGUAUAAGCAAAAACGCUACCUGACAAGGCCUGGAUUAUGUGCUGCAUAUCAUUGUUUAUAUGAUUUGUGGGGUGAAAUGAACCGGUUCCUUCAUGGCUUAAAACCAAGAGCAAUGAAAUGCAAAUUGACUUAACCACUAGAAAAGACAGCAUAACUUCUGGGAACAGCAUGAUUAUCAUAUUACAAUUGAAAGAAGGUGGGAAACAUCCAACUCACCUCACUGUACCACUAUGUGUGCCCAUCUCUAACAAACACCAAGCAAACCAGAAGCUAAAGAAAGACAAAGCACUUUAAAGUUACCCUUUCCAGAGCAGUUUUUCAUAUUCGCCUUCAUGAGUUUUUGGACUCUGCCAAUGAACCUACUAGAUCCUAGCCCUGGGCAUUACUACCCAUGGGAAUGAAGAAAGAAUUUAUUUUCUAAACAAUACAUAAUAUGGAGCCUUUUUUCAUUGUUUUGAGGCAUACAAAAGAACAGGUUUUGGUUACUAGGUUCUGACUAAUAACAUUUCUAUGUUGUCAUUACAGUCUUUAUUAAGCAUUUCUUUGUGAUGUUAUAUAUUAACCUAGCUCCUUAUGGAAGGAAACGGAAGACCAAAAGGAAGAUACUGUGAGUAAAAAGUAAAAUCAAAGAAGCUAGAGAGAAAAAUGAAGGCAGAUUUUGCUACUUUAUAAAACUAUUCUAUUUUAUUAACAUCUCCAUUAAUACAUGAAGAAUAUUUUCUCACAGUGCCCUUUGUAGUCUCAUUUUAAGCAGUUGUACAUUGUAGCUUUUCCUCAUACUCUCAUUUCCAUUUUACUUUCUUUUCUCUUUAUUCUAAUUAAAAACCAAUUUAAAACAACCGGAUUCCAUUUUUAAAACUACAAUAAUUUGUGUAGAGAAAGGGGUCCAGUAUUUUCAUUGAACGGUAAGCGAUAAUAUUGAAUCUGUAACAUCUUGGUUUUUUUGGUACCAGGGAUCAAACUCGGGACCUUGUGCUUGCAAGGCAGGCGCUGGAACCACUGAGCUAAAUCCCCGGCCCACAUCUGUAACAUCUUACCAUAAUCCUUUCCCUCUUUCUAAGCCCUAUGCCUCUUUUUCUUACCUGUAAAGCAUAAAAUGUGACUAUAUUUUACAAAUAGGUACCUAAGCCAGUUUUCACUUUAAAUAACAAAACAGCCCAAAUUUCUUGUUCUCCAAACUAAGCUCUCUUCUCGUGACUCAUAAAGCCAGAGGCUGAAGAUGUAGCUCAGUGGUGAGCAUUUGCCUGACAUGCGCAAGGCCCCAGCAUUUAUCCCCAGCACAGGAAAAAAUGAGUCCAUAUUGAAUACAGUGGCUCUGUAAACAUACCUUCUUUUAUUGCUAUUAUUUAAAUAUGGUAUAAGUUUUCAAUAUUGAACAGUAUCAAAAAAAGAUAGGCACCAUGAGAAAGUAUGUUCUUAGACUUGCUAGAGGUGUAUGUAAGUGCAUUUGUAUGACCUACUAAACAAAACUACCUGACUCUUGUCCAGGGAUGCAGUUUCCAUUUUCAUUUUUGGGUCUGUAUAACCCAAAUUCUACAUGGUCUAUAUUACUGUUGUGUCUGAGUCUCAGAAAGUACUAAUUCUUCACACCAGUGUCUCCUUGUACAAACUUUGGUGUCACCCAUAGGGAUGCAGCCCCCUGCACAAACUGUGUGGUCCUUCAGGUUCUAGGACAAAUCUGCAAUUUUAUAGAUGACUUCUGUGGACCAGGAUGCAGAUUUUGAGAGCUGUGUGUACAUAUUAUAAUCAUGUUUGUAUGUUUCCUCAGCUAUCAUUUAAAUGCUUUUGUUUGAAUGAGUUUCUUUUCAAGGUGGGAUAGGGAUGUAUAUAUAAUUGAGGGAAAAGUUACAUGUACUUUAAAGUUCUUAUUAGGUUCCUGUAUGAGAGAAUCAAAUUUUUUUCACAUACUUAUUCUUUGUGGGAAAAUGCACCUGGGAAGCAUAGUUUAAAUACUGUAUAUAAGAUAAUGAACAUUAGAAGUGCCCAUUAUUUAAUAAAAUUUGUAAAGUGCAAAGUAAA